GGGGCUUAGCUCUCAUCCCUGGAGUCUGGGGACAGACAGCUCACUUGCUUCAUGUCAAGGAGCCAGGACACAACAGCACUAUGGGCUCUGGGGUCCCAUUACUGAGAGCCCUCCUCGUCCUCUUAGCUUUUCCUCAAGAGCGUGGUGAAGCCCACUUCCUGAGCGCUAACACCUCAGAACCACCUCAUGGGCCGCAUUCACCUCUCAAACUCAUGCCCAUUUGGACAGGCCUUGGAGGAGCUCAAGUACUGGCGACGGGCAAGCCUGCUGGGACUGAGAUUGAUUUCAAAUAUGCCAUCAUUGGCCUGGCACUGGGAGCGGCCAUAUCUGCAGGUUUCCUUGCCCUGAAGAUCUGCAUGAUCCGGAGACACUUGUCUGAUAAUGACUCUGCAGACCUGAAGAACACACCCCAGGACACCAUCUUGCUGAAGAAGAAAAGCCCAAGAGAUGCCCAGGUGAUUGAGCUGUGAGCUGCUUGCUAUAUCAGAAGAAGCUUUAGGCACUUCAAGACUGAACAUGCAAGGCCAAUGAUGGAUCAUUACCUGAACUCAGUAUAGGAACAGGUACUAAAUGGACUGCAAUCGGCAGCACCUGUGUCCUGAAGCAAGCUGUCUCUCCUGUUCUGCAAGAGUGUCUGCAAGGGGAAGUACCUGCAUGAACAGCACGGAAAAAGGAAACCCCAAAUCUGUAUUUCUCAACCUAGGUGCCCAUGUAGGAGCUGUGUGAGCUCCUACAACAACAUUGUAUCCACGUCAAUAAAGCCUCACCCCAACAUGGCGCAUGGACCAAGCCAAGCCAGCUUCCUCCGCACUGUGGGGCUGUAAGCAUUCAGGCUUAGUUUUGUACAAUGCGUGGCCUUGUGGUCUGAGCUGCUAGAAGAUUGGACUUUAAAGACCAAUCGUGUGAGCAUCCAGGGGAGCCUCGAGCUGAUGAGUCGGAGGGCAACCUAAGGGUGACCUUCUAAGGGAACAGAGGACAGACUAGGGCAAAGUGAGGGGAAGGAUCCUGGCAGCCCUGGGAAGGAGGAGAACCAGAGCAAGCUGGCAUGGCGCCUCACAGAGAAUGACAGGAAUGCAGACUCACAGUGUUUCCCACACACAAUGACUUUGUGCUGAUUGUUGUAGUGUGCAUCGUGUCUUCCUGAAAGGUCCAGGAAACCUAUACCCUGCUGCUCUUGCUAUCAGAAUGGAAUUCAGAGCGCAGGCUCUGGGAGCAUUCCCUCACAAUUGGAUCAUCCCUGCCUGGGAAGACUGUGCUUUUCCAGUCUGCAUGAAGGCAGGUGGCUGUGUGGUCUGGGUCUCCUCACAUGGGUUACCUUUAUCAUGCUGUGAUGAAAGAGGAAUUAUUUUUUCAAAACAAAGUGCUGCUUUAAAAUAGCGUCUGGAGUCCCAGGGUGUCUUGUCUGCCUUGAUAAUGGUGCUACUCAUUAGCAGCUUCUGUUAGCUGAUCACCUGAAGCAGUUACGUGGUACUCAUAAGCAAUCUUCCGUGUGUGAGAUAGAAUAAAUCAUCGUGCACUGGAGCUGGUAAUUGAUUUGUUUCUUUUAGCGGCGUUUUAAUUAAAACAUCUGGUUUGUGAACAGCAGGA